GAAAAAGAACCAGAAAUGCAGAUAGGGUUUCCCACUGAUGUGAAGCAUGUGGCCCAUAUAGGCUGGGAUGGUCCCUCUGUAAAUUCUCCCAGCUGGAUGAACGAGUUCAAAUCUCCGACGGCUUUCGCUAACGGACCGCUGAGUCUCACCGGCGCCGACCUUAACAAUGCUUCUUCUGUUAAUAAAUGGACCGGCGAAGAAGCUAAUCGGAGAAGUACACGAGUGCCGAAUUCUCCGGCGAGGGACUUGCCUGAAUUGCCAAAAUCUUCUAGACGUGCGGGUGGCGUCGCCGCCGGGUCUCCGACGAGAGAAAAAACAGAGAAGACGAGGCACCGGCGUUCUUCAAAGAAUAACAUAACAGAUAGUCCGAGGCAGAGUUGUAGAUCCUCCGAUUCGAGCUUAGCGAUUGACUCUCCGGUGAGAAACUCGCCGGAUAUUCCCAAGAAAACUCGCCGGAAGAAAUCCAAAGAAUCUAAUGCUACCAAUCCUGGUGGUGGAGUAAGUGGGUCAUCGAGGUUAAGAUCGUCUAAAGCCCAAGCUAGUAGUCUUUCUCCGGCGGAUCAAUUCAUGGCUACAUUCUCGGAUCCGGGACCCGGGUCCGGGUCUGGAUCCGUACCCGAAUUGAUAGCCAAAGCCAAAGCCAAGGUGAAAAGUGAUCGUAACCGAAAAAAACCAAUAUUCGAUGAAUCGGAGGAGAUCAAAGGAAUAAUUACAUGA